AUGUAAGAAACAAUAGUUUCAAUACAAAGUAUAGAUUUAACAUAAUUAUAACCAAUUAAAAAAGGAUAACCACAGUAUAAUAUUAGUCAGCUAUCAAAGACUAAACUAAGCAGAAAUUCAGAGUUGAAAUACUUAUUAGUAUAGAUUAAUUCUCCAAUUAAUUAUGAAGUUAAUGAGUAAACGGAUUAAUCCUCAUCUGAAUAAAGAUACUCUUACAAAAAUAUUGAAGAAAUCAUAACAGCACUCUUAUACAACAAUCUAACAAAUUCCCAGUAGUAGUAUUGA